AGGUGUGGGGGGCAGACAGGGUGGGGGAUAGGAGGGAUAGAAGGCACGGUUGAAGAGGAGGGGCUUGAGAUGUGCCUUGAAGGAGGCAAGGAAGGGAGCAAUAAUUAGCUAAAUAGACAGGACCGAGUGAAGGGUCUGUCGGCUGGGAUAGAGCUGGGCUGAUGGUGACCUGUUUGUUACUGAUCUCCCUGUGGCAGAACUAUGAUGAUGAGGAAGAGGAGGAUGAUGAAGAUGACGAGGACAGCGACGAGGACUCGGAAGAGGAUGAGGACAUGCAGGACAUGGACGAGAUCAAUGACUACAAUGAGUCACCCGAUGAUGGGGAGAUCAACGAGGUGGACAUGGAGGGAGCUGAUCAGGAUCAAGACCAGUGGAUGAUCUGAAGGAGCCCGCGCCAGUGACUUGCUGAAACCUGUGAGCCACGAAAGGCCUGGCCUGGGGUGGGCUGGGC